ACCCAUGGAGUUUUUAGAGGAAUUCAAGAUGUGCGGCGAAUGUCUGGAGUGGCUCCAACAAUUGUUAGAUCAGCAAGUGACACAAAUGAAAAGCGACCUUUUAUGUGCGUGUAUCCUGGCUGUAACAAGCGAUAUUUUAAACUGUCCCAUUUGCAGAUGCACGGUAGAAAACACACUGGAGAAAAGCCGUAUCAGUGUGACUUUAAGGACUGUGAACGAAGAUUCUCUCGUUCAGAUCAACUCAAAAGGCAUCAAAGGCGACAUACAGGUGUGAAACCUUUCCAGUGUAAAACCUGUCAGAGAAAGUUCUCCAGAUCUGAUCAUCUGAAGACUCACACCAGGACUCAUACAGGUAAAACAA